GAGUGGACAUUGGUCACCGGAUCAGCAGCAGCUGGUCUUAGGUGCUAUUUUCACUCUGCAUAAAGUGAUGGGCAGCCACUGCCUGCCAUGGAAUACAUUCACUCCGAACUGACCCAAGGUACGAAAUGAAGUCCAGAGGGAGCGAGAAAGGAGGCCACCCGGACAGCUAUGCCUCUGAUCUAGAUGAACUUGAAAGUGGCAGUGAAAGCUCUGACAAGUCCAUCAGUGGCUGUAGUCAGCUUGAUGGGAAAGGGAAGCGGAAGAGGAAGAGCAGCCAGGCUGGGAUCAGUAAGCAGCGGCAGACAGCGAACGCACGGGAGAGAGACAGGACGCACAGUGUGAACACUGCCUUCACAGCUCUUCGGACUCUUAUCCCAACAGAGCCUGCAGAUCGCAAACUCUCCAAAAUAGAGACCUUGCGCCUGGCUUCAAGAUACAUCUCUCAUUUAGCAAACAUCCUCCUCUUAGGAGAAGACUGCCUGGAUGGACAGCCCUGUUUAAAAUAUCAAGCCAUUCUCAAUGGUACCAGUAUAAGCAACCCAGCACCAAGACCAAUAUGCACUUUCUGUCUCAGCAACCAGAGAAAAAUGCUCAGAGAUGGGGAAAAGCAAUCAUCUGUUUGAUGUAGAAACAGUCAAGUUUCAGAUGGCAAGCUUAUACUACCAUGCUGAGUGCUGUAUGGAAGUACUGUUUUGGUUUGUUGCUAUUUUUUUUUGUGUAUGUGUUUUUUAAAAAAAAUUUAAAGUUUAAUGUUUACAUUUGAAACUAUUACUGUAUUUUUUAAAAAUCAUCGAAGGAUACUGUGUUGCACUUUCUGUUUACAAUGUGACACUUUUAUUCAGGUUGUUUUAUAAAUGAAACCUAACACUGUGGGUGAAGCAGCACCUGGCAUGGCGGCUAUUUUAAAACUAGAAAUGCUAAACCUCAGCAUCUCAGUCCUAAAGAAAGUCUUGCCUCUCCAGCCCGAUGUCACAUGAUGUAACCCAAGCUGAGACGCACAGUGGUUCCUGUCAGUAGAGUGCCCUCUCGCUGUGUUCUAAUCCUGUGCCAGCUGGGGAUCAGCAGUGACUAGUAUUCUUUUCAGACCUCAACCCUCUAAAAGAUCCAGCAAGCGAGUGAAACUUGAUAGUUUAACUGGUUCUUGUGAGCCACCAUGAGAAUGAUACAUUAUUAAGGUUUUCUUCAUACAAACAUUCUUUAAAAUAUUUUACUAAUAAGUAGUUACAAUACUGUUACAUUGUUAUUAACCAAAACAAUAACAAACAGUUACCAAAAUGUUAUAAGCAUCAAAAUAUAUUGCUGACGCCAGGUCACUAGGCUUGGGUAUAUCCACUCAGACUACAGCUUGUCUUGUUGAAUUUUGGCACAAGCAAGACACAUUAAGUCCAUGGUGUGUGCCAGUAACACAAUUCAACGACUCUAUGUCACUAGAUAAGCCAUAGACUAAAGCUUAAAUUCUGUAUUCAAUUACCUACAGCAUUUCCCCCUUCACUCAUUCCCAGGCCCCAUUCUGCAGCAUUAUCUUUGAUGCAAGGCAACCCGGCUUAACUUAUUUACAGGCUAUAUUCAAUUCCUACACUCUUCACUAACAUAUGGUGUAUCACAGAGAGCAAUAAUCUCCCCAAAACAGUGCUGCUAGGGCAGUGAUAAAAGGCUAAUUCAGUUUACCAGAAGGAUAACACAAUAUCGUUACCUGCUUACCUCAGUGAACAGUCCUGAAUGUAUUUUAAAUGUAAUGAAAAGUGUUUCUUUAUUUAAAUUAUAAUGUCACUGUGUUUACCUCUAGGUAUUUUUUAUUAUUUUUGUUGUGUAGAUUUUGUAACCAUACUGUACUUGAAUGAAUCAGGACUGCUGCCGCGUUCUUUGCACACUGCAUGGUAUACUGUAUGUUUGUGCUGCUAUAAGAUGAUCACAAGUAUUUUUGUAUAAUGUAUAGAAAUUGUAGUUUCUCUCUAAAGUUGUAGUUAUUUUUGUUAUUAUAAACAAAAAUAUUUAUUAUAGGGGUUUUAAAUGAAUAAAACCUG